ACCAAUUUCUCUCCCUCUCCUCUCCUACCUAACUAUUAAUCCCGGCCCUCUCCUCUCUUCCUUUCUUUCCUUGCAUGCCUUAUUAAAAUUGUCGCAGACCAACAACAAGUACUCAUACGACGUCGUCGUCCGAGCAAAGAUGUCUCGCACGUGCUCUCAGUGCGGGAACAACGGCCACAACUCUCGCACAUGCACGGAGGCCGCCGGCGGUGGCGCCGCUUCACCUGCAGAGAACGGCAUCAUGCUCUUCGGAGUGAGACUGGUCACCGAGCAGGGAAACGCCUUCAGGAAGAGUGCUAGCAUGAACAAUCUCUCCCAGUAUGACCAGCUGCCUCUUCAGGACUCCAACCCUGACGCUGGCUAUGCCUCCGACGACGUCGUUCACGCUUCUGGUAACCGCCGCGAGCGAAAGAGAGGUGUUGCAUGGACGGAGGAGGAGCACAGGUUGUUCUUGUUGGGAUUGCAGAAGGUAGGGAAAGGAGAUUGGAGAGGGAUUUCUAGAAACUUCGUGAAGACUCGGACGCCGACUCAGGUGGCGAGUCAUGCUCAGAAGUACUUUCUGAGGCGGAGCAACCAUAACCGCAGACGCCGUAGAUCUAGUCUCUUUGAUAUCACCACCGAUACUCCUUCCAUGAAUUCAUUGAUGGAAGAAGAUCUAGCACUGCACCAAGAAAAAAGUGCACAAUUAUCACUACCGGUACUGCCAUAUCCUCCACCGCAGUCGACCAGUUUGGGCGGUAAUCUUAUCGGCGGGUUUCCGAUCUCCACCUUUCCAAUGACUCUUUCUCCGGUGGUCCUACCUGUCACCGGCGAGAGCUCAUCUUCAGCGGAGAGUACUCUAGCAUUAUUAGGAGGAGCGCCAAAUCCAUCCAACGAUGUGCAGCAGAUGGUAAAAGGCGCAACAACGACGAGAAAAGUGGUCCGUCCGAUUCCGGUUCCUCCUUCUGCCAAAAUGGCCGGGCUCAACUUGAAUAACAAGUAUUCACCUAGCAGAGUAGCACAGGAGCCAUUGCCUUUGUCACUAAAGCUCUCCAACACGGCGUCAUCUGAGGAACAGUCGCCGACGGCUUCGGGCCACUCGUCUGCUUUUCAGGCCAUGUCUAGUGGCACUGAUAGCAUCAUCAGUGUGGCUUGAUGUAUGCGAUGACGUCAUGACGUGUUUACAGUUCGUGUAUUAUACGGCCGGCUAGAAGAAGAAACAAGCAAGUAAGCAAGAUUAUUAUGGAAAGUUGAAGUUGAUUAAAUGGGUCCGAAUUAGAGCAAUAUCAAUAUGAUAAUAAUGUUCCAAUUAACUAGAGAUCAGAGAUUAAUGGUGGGGUUAGGUUUUAAGUAGGUGAUUAGGUGAUUAAUUCCUUUCUUCCUAUUUUCUUGUACAGCUCUGGUAUUAGUUAAUUAGGACAAGACGAGAUGUCCUUCUCUUGUGUGUGUGAGGUGGGGAAUUUCUUGCUUGUUUAAUUUGAAUUUGUCUGGUUCCUUUCGGGGGUGGAAUGAAAAAGAAGCACCAGGUGCGUAUUGUUAUUUGGUCUGGCUGGACCCUUUGAAACUUCUAGUGGGAGAAGAAAAUAUCUGAAUAAUAAUAUUCGAUAUGUUUACUUAUGUAACUUGUAAUAUAUAAUUCGUUUGCUUUAAUACCUUUGGUCUGUACUUCUGUUGUGGCUAAUAGUCCUUCAAAACAAAAAUUGACGAAGAAUUGAAGGUUGUAGUAGGUUGUUUUUUAGCACUCGAUCGAGUCGAUCGAUCACGGAUCACCAGAUCGCAUUGAA